AUUGGGUUGCGUAUCGAUGCAUUUCUUAUCAGCGACGAUACACUGACAGACUUGUUUCCGGGCAAAAACUGUGGUGCGGGCUUCAACGGCGCAAGUGCAGUGUGUCCUGAUUCGUUCGAACUUCUGGAAAGGCAACAUUUUUCCUGUUUCUCUGCAAAUGGCCGGCACUUUUUGAAAGGAAUGAAAGCGUGGCAGCACAAGACCUAUCGUUACCAGCAAAACGAAUUCAAGGUCAGGACUGCUGUCCUCUGCCGACAAAUCAACUCCCAAACACUGCGUCGAUCUUAA